AUGGAGAGCGAGGAACAAAUUCGGUACGACCGCCAGGUGCGUUUGUGGGGCAAAGCCAUGCAGCAGCAGCUUCGGCAGACUGCAGUGUGCGUCUACGGGAUGACGCCUGUCGUGGCGGAGAUGACCAAAAAUUUGGUCCUGGCGGGGGUGGGCUCGGUGACUGUGGAGGAUGCGGCCGCCGUGGAUGUCGGUGAUCUAUCAGCCAACUUCCUCCUACAGGGCCACUCCCUCGGCGAGGAACGGGGAAAGGCGUGCGUGGAGCGGCUUCAGGCGCUGAACCCGUACGUUGCCGUUCGCUUAUCCUCACAAACGACAGGGACAGGGGCCUUGGCAGGCAGCGCCGCCGUUAGCAUUACCCUCCUCUGCAUCCGAAAUCUUGCGGACGCCGUGAGAGACGUUUGCCUCCAGCGCCGCACGGGGACCGACUUGGUGGUGCUAGUGGCGGGACUUGGCCAGCUGACGAUGGGCAUUUUGUUGUCAAAGUGGCAGCCCCUCUCCUACGAGGAGCAAUUAAACGCAUUGCUUACGACAAAUGUCUCACUCAGACCUGCGCCAUUUCAGCGAGCGUUGUUGCUGAUGCGAAUGACGGAGUGCCCUGAGGCACUGCCGUUUUUUGAGAGACUUAGCUUUGCAAUGGACAUUGUCGCUCUAUACAAUUUGUCAGAACUCACGAGAGAAGACAUCGAACGCGCGACUAGUUUUUCGCUACAAGAUCAGUCGGGUACCGCUAUUGAGGCGACUGUUGCAGGCGGCAUCCUUGCACAAGUCAUUAUUCGAGAGCUCAGUUGCAUGAAAGAUGGACCAAGGGACGAAAUAUACAGCUGGGUUCUUUGCGACAGCAGCAACGGCACCGACGUCCAGGUUGGAUACAUGCACAGCCCCUAG